UAACGAAGCAUGGGAAGUGACGCUUCCCGUCUGCUCUCUAUAAAUAUAGAGCAUAAGCCCGUCUUUUCCUCCUCGAGAAAUCUCACACAGAUAUUGCGUAUUAGAAGUAUUUGGCUACAUGGGCAACUCGGAUUUCUCGUGGAAAUUGGCAGAUCAUCCCAAGCUUCCCAAAGGGAAGACCGUGGCCGUUGUGGUCUUGGAUGGAUGGGGCGAAGCGAACCCCGACAAAUACAACUGCAUUCAUGUUGCGGAGACUCCCACCAUGGAUUCGCUCAAGCAGGGUGCCCCAGACAAAUGGAGGCUGGUUAGAGCUCAUGGAACAGCUGUGGGGCUUCCUACUGAGGAUGACAUGGGUAACAGUGAAGUAGGCCACAAUGCACUAGGGGCAGGAAGGAUUUUUGCUCAAGGUGCCAAGCUAGUGGAUCUUGCACUUGCUUCUGGUAAAAUUUAUGAAGGCGAAGGCUUUAAGUAUAUCAAAGAGUGCUUUGAUCAAGGAACUCUACAUCUCAUUGGACUAUUGAGUGAUGGGGGUGUACACUCACGACUAGAUCAGUUGCAGUUGCUUCUGAAAGGGUCUAGCGAGCAUGGUGCCAAAAGAAUACGUGUACAUGUCCUCACCGAUGGCCGUGAUGUUUUGGAUGGCUCCAGUGUUGGAUUUGUGGAAACACUGGAGAAUGAUCUUGCUAAGCUGCGAGAGAAAGGUGUUGAUGCACAAAUUGCAUCUGGUGGUGGUCGAAUGUAUGUUACUAUGGAUCGAUACGAGAAUGACUGGGAUGUCGUCAAGCGGGGGUGGGAUGCACAGGUACUUGGUGAAGCACCACAUAAGUUUCAAAGUGCUGUUGAAGCUGUGAAAAAGCUGAGAGAAAAUCCCAAAGCCAAUGAUCAGUACUUGCCUCCAUUUGUUAUAGUUGAUGAAAGUGGCAAGGCAGUUGGUCCAAUAGUGGACGGUGAUGCUGUUGUAACCUUCAACUUCCGAGCAGAUCGUAUGGCUAUGGUUGCUAAAGCACUAGAAUAUAUAGACUUUGACAAAUUUGAUCGUGUUCGAUUCCCGAAAAUUCGAUAUGCUGGAAUGCUUCAAUACGAUGGUGAACUGAAACUACCUAGCCAGUACCUCGUUUCUCCUCCAGAGAUAGAGAGGACAUCAGGCGAAUAUUUAGUACACAAUGGUAUCCGUACCUUUGCUUGCAGUGAGACUGUCAAAUUUGGUCAUGUCACCUUUUUCUGGAAUGGAAAUCGAUCAGGGUACUUUAACCCGACUAUGGAAGAAUAUGUCGAAAUUCCUAGUGACAGUGGAAUUACAUUCAAUGUUCAACCCAAGAUGAAGGCUGUGGAAAUUGCUGAAAAGGCAAGAGAUGCCAUACUCAGUCACAAGUUCGACCAGGUCCGUGUGAACCUACCUAAUGGAGAUAUGGUAGGACAUACUGGUGACAUAGAGGCUACUAUUGUGGGUUGCAAGGCUGCUGAUGAAGCUGUUAAGAUCAUUUUGGAUGCUAUAGAACAAGUUGGUGGCAUUUACGUUGUCACUGCAGAUCAUGGAAAUGCUGAAGACAUGGUAAAGAGGAACAAGUCUGGCCAGCCAGUAUAUGACAAAGCAGGGAACGUUCAGAUUCUCACUUCCCAUACUCUUCAACCUGUUCCGAUAGCUAUAGGCGGCCCUGGACUUGCACCGGGUGUCAGAUUCCGCAAUGAUGUGCCUAAUGGUGGUCUCGCCAAUGUUGCUGCCACCAUCAUGAAUCUGCAUGGAUUCGAGGCACCAAGCAACUACGAGACGACCCUUAUCGAAGUAAUCGACGACUAAUAACAGUAGUUAUCUUAAGAUGAGAAUCAUGUCUCACUAUCAUAAUACGCGUAGCGGAGAUGUCCAAAUAAUCUUCUUGCGAUGCAAUUACUUGCUGAUACCAGUGGUUGUGAAACAAUAUCCCCCAUUGAAUUGUGCAAAUAGUUUUGGUAGAUUGCUUU